GAGGCUCCACGUGGUUGGCGCUGUGUGGGGUGUUUGGGGCUGCUUUGGCCAUGGAGGGGAUCGUGUCGGCGCCGCUGCCGCCCCAGAAGCGCUUCUACCGUCAGCGUGCGCACUCCAACCCCUUGGCGGAUCACACUUUGCGCUAUCCUGCCAAGCCUGAAGAAAUGGACUGGUCUGAGCUCUACCCGGAGUUCUUUACGCCUUUAACCGGAGACGAUCACCACGAUGACCCAAAGGACGUGGAGGAGAGAGCCGAGCCUUCCUCUCAAGUAGAAUUUGCUGAUAUUGGCUGUGGUUAUGGGGGAUUGCUGGUUGCGUUGUCUCCCCUGUUCCCCAGCACCUUGAUGCUGGGCCUCGAGAUCCGUGUGAAGGUCUCAGAUUACGUGCGAGACAGGAUCCAGUCCCUGCGAGCCUCCCACCCUGGGCUGUAUCAGAACAUCGCCUGCAUCCGCAGCAACGCCAUGAAACACCUGCCCAACUUUUUCCACAAGGGGCAGCUGCGCAAGAUGUUCUUCCUCUUCCCCGACCCUCACUUCAAGAAGACAAAGCACAAGUGGAGAAUUAUCAGCACCACCUUGCUGGCGGAGUACGCUUACGUCUUGCGUGAGCAGGGUCUGGUUUACACCAUCACAGAUGUGGAAGAGGUACACACAUGGAUGGUGAAGCAUUUCCAAGAACAUCCGCUCUUUGAGCAUGUACCCUUAGAAGAACUGGCAAGUGACCCUGUCUUCGAACUCUUGGGAACCUCCACUGAGGAAGGGAAGAAGGUUCAGAGGAAUGGAGGCAAGACCUUCCCAGCUGUCUUCCGGCGUGUCGUUGACAAAACCUUGAAGGAGCUGCUGGAGGCAACACAGGAAGUGGCUGGGACAUGACCGGGGGAUUUCCUGAGGCCUGACAAGACUCACGUUGACCAUGCCUUCCUCUUGACAGCGGGGAGAGGCGUUACAGCAACAGUGGAAAGGACUAACUGCCUAUCCCCAUAGCGGAAUCAACCUUCUAUAAAUAUAGAGGGGAAAUCCCCUCAGAGAAACACUGCGUUGUUGUGUAAGGGGUUGGUUGGAUCUCUUUGUUUAUUUUGCCCAUAGAUGGACCACAGGGCAUUGUGGUGGCCUUAGUAGCCGAACUACAACUGCCCACAAGCGUGGAACAGAAUCAGUGAUUGUGUGGGGUCUUCCAACCCGUAGCACCUUCUCUCUCUUUAUUUUUGAAUAAAUAAAACUG